UCGUUUUCAGCUCUUUUCUUCACUUGGGUCGGUUUGUGCUUCAUUUGGGUUCGUGUUUUCACCUUGUGGGUCGAUUUCUCUGGUCACGGCAUUCAACCGGGGAGUUCUCUGAGGGGGCGGCUGUUUGCGGCUGUUUGCGGCGAGCAUUUCUUGGGAACACGGCAGAGUAUUUAGCUGUAGGAGUUGUAGUUUCGAUAGAGGAUCUUCGGCAGUAAGGGAUUGCCUCAACGGCCUGUUCAGCGGUCAACGGUAGUCAACGGUCUUAUCGUCCUACCUUCGUCAACGGUCGACGGACGGUGCUCAGUCGCGCCCCUGCCAUGGCCCACCACCGUUGUGCUUUUAAGGUUUACCGGUUUACCCUAAAUACACAGGACAGACUAAGGGUAGUAUUAUCAGGUAAUGGCGUGUUGUGGUGUCAGCGAUGUCAUUGAGGGUGGUCUCUAUCGGUGUGAGGAUGUUACCAGUACCGUGUGCAGGCCUGUGGAUCUGCACAUAGGUUUAGAUAAGGCAAUAGCUGAGCUAGAAGAGGAUGCUGCAAAAGGACGAUGUCGAGGCCCUUAUCUUGUGGCUUCCAGAGUGUAUGAGAGUGUGUUUGAGCUCUGGAGCUUGGAAAUCGAAAGCGGGUGGAAACUCUCCUUUGUAAAGGAGGCGGGGAAGGAUUUUGGGUCCGUUUGGCUUUACGGCGAUCCCUCACGCGUUCAUGAGGUUGUUGCCCUCUGCGUACAUGAGAUGAAGGAGCAGAUGGUAUCAGCAUGGUAUGAGCAAGGCAAUCGGGGUAGCUUCAAAAGCCGAGAUGUUUUGCUUGGAAUUGGAUCUACGAGAAUACCACUCAAAGUCGACAAGUACGUUAUCAAUAAGGAGCCUGACGUCGCAUGGGUGCCAUCGCAAACGCCAAAUGCUCUUCCGAGCUUUGUCCUUGAGCUGUCGUAUAGAAAUGAAUCGAUCCCGCGGCUCAAGGAAGAGAUGCGGUGGUGGUCACGCAACGGCGUGGCCAUCACAUUGGGCAUCAAAGUGGAGAUCAAGCGAGCUGGUAAUGGGGUGCUUAGCCAGCGGUUUCUUCUUUUCAUACUCGAUCAUCAAGAUGGCACCGGUCGUUUCCGCGACGUGAACUUCAGUCCUGGGGUAUGCAAUGAAGAAAACAAAGAAGAUUUUGUGCAAAGAAUUCCUUUGCACAAAAUUAUGCGAGGAUUUCCGACAGGGCUUGAUCAAGAUUUUCAUUUUGAGCUCAGCCUUUUCGAGCUACAGCAACAAAUUGUUUCACUGAAUUUGGUAGAGGCACCGCCAUCUCGUGCAAAUGAAGAUAUCUAGUGGAUGAAGGUGCUGUGGUUGUCUGCUCACACCGAGAUUGUGAAGUUGCAGUAUUUCACCACAAGGACUGUGUCAACUUCUCUGAGGGCGUUGACGACGACAACGCGUGGAUAUGUCCUUAUUGUAGAUCUGACCGUUGAUCUGACUGUAACCAUUGAACUCUGAACACACGAACAAAAAGCCCUGGGCAUGGC